AACAGAAUGAACCUCGAUGACAUUUACAACUGGAUACUUUCACAUCCUUAAAACUACCCAGGAAAACAACAAGAAUCGCAGCCAAGAACUGUGCAGUCCUAUAAACCACUCGAACCAAAGGCUUAAUUUCACAUCAUAAUCAAAGCCACAGCUGAGUACAUCAAGGAGAAGAUGUUCAAUGGAAAUGGAGUCAACAUGAAAGAGUUGGGAGCAUUCACGAUGGAAGUCAUAUCUGAUUAUGUGAAACCCCUCCAACAUUCAGGAUUCAACAUGACUCAAGACCUGGCCAUUCAGAGAGCAGACAGGAAACAUGUUCAUUAAAUCAGACCUUGUUUUGUUCCUGACAAUGCAUUGAAAUACUUCUUGGCUCGUUACCCAGGCAAAGAGGAAAUCACUAAGCCUUUGAGUCAGCAUUCCAUCUAUCAGAAAGGAUUCGGAAUGAACUUCUGUAAUGCUGGUCCAAUCGCAGCAUCAAGUUAUCUAGGCAAAGAUGUUGUCCAAUCAGUUCACACUUCAUUGAUUAAGGCUAUUCAUGAUUUAACCAGACUCGGACAUGAUCUCCACAUAGAUUUUGGAUUCAUUAAGAUAUCAGUAUAAAAUAGAGACUUAAAAUAUAAAUACGAUCAAUCAUUCAUUCAAAGACUCAACUAAACAGAUUAUGAAUUAAAAAUGCGUAAAUCUGAUUUGGGAACAUCACAACAUUGGACAACCACCUAUUAAGAGAAGUGGUCAAAGAGCACACUAAACAAUUUGUUGACCAGACCUAAUCCAAAUUAAGUUUAAGAAAAUUAUGAGAAAUCAAUGGCCUUGAAGAUAAUGUCACUGGAUUUGAAUACGGCUGAACAAACUAAUUACAGCAAAAAGCAAAAAGUCCAAUUACCAACACUUAAUAAAUGAAAUGUUUUUAUUA